AAUCCUACUGGACUCUAUAUCAUUCUAAUUCAUGAACCAAACACUGUGUUACUGUAUUUUAUAAUUUUUUGGCCAAAAUAGGCGCUCCCUGCGUUAUUUAAGACGCACCACCAGCUUUGUGGAAUAACGCAUUCCAGCAAGAUGGAUAGAUCACUAUCCAGUGGCCCAGAAUCAGAAAUAUCAAUCUCCGGUGCUGGAAAAAGAUCAGGCAGCUGGGUCACCUUCCCUUUUAUUAUAGGGACUUUUAGCUGCUUGACACUUGCUGGUGCAGGAUGGUUAUUCAACAUCAUUGUCUAUCUUAUUAAGGAAUUCAACGUAAAGAGCAUUGACGCUGCUCAAAUUUCCAACGUCGUUAACGGUGGCUCCAAUUUAGUUCCCUUAGUCGCCGCCAUUGUUGCCGACUCUUUCCUGGGCUCUUUCUCUGUCGUCGCAGUAUCUUCCUGCGUCUCCUUUGUGGGCUUGGUGCUCUUGGCCUCAACUGCACUAGUCGACUCCCUGAGGCCUAAGCCGUGCGAAGAUGGAUCGAGCCCGUGCCAAACCCCAUCAAAACUCCAAUAUGCAAUCCUGUAUGGUGCCUUUGUUCUGGCAUCCAUUGGCAUGGGAGGAUCAAGAUACACUUUGGCAACAAUGGGCGCUAACCAAUUUGAUAAUCCAAAAGCUCAGGGAAUUUUCUUCAACUGGUUUUUCUUCAUGUUCUACUUAGUUUCUCUUAUUAGUGCCACGGCCAUCGUCUAUAUAGAGGAUAAUGUUGGCUGGGGAUUGGGGCUGGGACUAUGUGUUGCUGCUAAUUUCAUUGGAAUAGUCAUUUUUCUGGUGGGAACACGUUUCUAUCGACGUGAUAAGCCUCAAGGAAGCCCUUUCACAAGCUUAGCCCGUGUAGUUGUUGCUGCUAUACAAAAGAGGAAGGUCUUGUUGUCUUCCAGAAAUGAGGACUAUUACUAUGACCAUGAUACCAAGCCGAAGGAGCUUGCUGCUCCAAUGUCAAAGAGUUUCAGGUUCUUCAACCGAGCAGCACUCAAAUCUGAAGGAGACAUCAAGCCAGAUGGCUCCAUUGCAAAACCAUGGAGACUAUGCACAGUUUCACAGGUAGAAGAUUUCAAAACCCUUAUCAGAAUUUUCCCAAUAUGGUCCACCAGUAUAUUUCUAGGCACUCCAAUCGCCAUGCAAAGUGGCUUGAACGUCCUCCAAGCUCUAACAAUGGACCGUCACCUCGGCCAACAUUUCCAAAUCCCAGCCGGCUCGUUUGCAGUCGUAGUUUUACUCAGUGCAUCAAUUUUUCUCUCCAUAAUUGAUCGGUUUCUCUUUCCACUGUGGCUCAACAUGACUCACAAAUCCCCAACGCCAUUCCAAAGAAUAGGCGUCGGUCAUAUACUAAAUGUGCUGGCCAUGGCUGUAUCAGCUUCGUUGGAGUCGAGCCGGCUCCGACUAGCGCACCACCAUAACCAAGCCAGUUCCGUCGUGCCAAUGUCAGCCUUGUGGUUGUUUCCACAGCUGAUUUUGAUUGGCAUUGGAGAAGCAUUUCAUUUUCCUGGACAAGUGGCUUUGUAUUACCAAGAAUUUCCAACUUCAUUGCGCAGUACAGCAACUGCUAUGAUUUCAUUGAUUAUUGGGAUUUCAUUCUAUUUAAGUACAGCUUUGAUUGAUCUUAUUAGAAAGGUGACAGGUUGGUUACCUGAUAAUAUAAAUGACGGAAGGCUAGAUAAUGUUUAUUGGGUGAUGGUGGGAAUUGGGGUGCUCAACUUUGGUUAUUUUCUAGGUUGUGCUAAGUUGUACAAGUACCAGAAUGUUGAAAAGGUAGCAGAUGAGAGUUCUUCAAGUUCUGAUAAGUGAAGAUGACAAUAUUUAGAUAUAGAUUUGUGCGCAUAAAUUUAAUAUAUAAGUAUUGUGUGUAGUAUAAGUAUGCUUAGUUUACUCUUCCUAGAAAUUUUUGUGCAAUAUCAGUCGAUGUAUUUUCGUGCUUAGAUGUAUAAUUUAUUAUUUAUUAGAAAAUUAAAAAAUACAGUAGAAAUAG